AUGCUUGCAUACCGGUCUUCGGUUCAAGCAUCAACAGGGUUCACACCAGCCAUGUUACAUAUUGGUAGAGAACUGAGGUUACCAGUUGACUUGAUUUUUGGUACUCCUGAAACAGAUGAUAAAGAAAUUGAUCAAAACAAAUCCAGUUAUGUCUCAAAAUUAGAAAACAGGUUACAACAAGUACAUGAGUUAGCGAGGAAAAAUAUGGAAAUUGCUCGAAACAGUAUGAAAUCAAAUUAUGAUGUGAAGUUGAGUUUCAAAAGUUACAAAGAUGGUGACGCAGUUUGGUAUUACUGUCCAACACGAAAACGAGGUUUAAGUCCUAAGUUUCAGAAACCUUGGAUAACAGCAAGGAAGGGAACAAGACCAAUACUACCAGAGAGGAGAAAAGAAAGAACUAGGACGUUGAGUGAAAGUAGUAGCAGCAGCAGUGAUAGUAGUGACAGUGAAGAAAGUAGUGAGGAAGAAAUGGAGUUAAAGAAAGAGUUAGAGUUAAGUGAUGAUGAGUUUGAGAGUUUCCAGGAAGAAAAAAAGAAAGAACGAAUUGAAAAAGAAAGGUUGGAGAGGGAAAAACAAAAGGAGGUUGAAAGACAAUUGAAAGAUAAAGAAGAUAAUGAAAGGAAACAGAAGGAAGAAAAAGAAAGGAAGGAAAAGGAGGAAAAAGACAGGAAAGAGAAAGAAAAGAAGGUAAAUGAGGAAAAAGAAAGGAAAGAAAAAGAAAGAAGGAAAGAGAGGAAGAAGAAAGGAAAAGAAAAAGAAAAGAAGGAAAAAGAGGAAAAAGAAAAGAAAGAGAAAGAAAAGAAGGAGAGAGAGGAAAAAGAAAGAAAAGAUAAGCUAGAGAAAGAAAGGAAGGAAAAAGAAAAGAAGGAAAAAGAGGAAAAAGAAAAAAAGGAAAAAGAGGAGAAAGAUAGAAAGGAAAAAGAAAGAAAGGCGCAUGAGGAAAAAGAAGAGAAGGCGAGACAGGAGAAAGAGAAGAAGGAAAAAGAGGAGUUACAGAAAAAGAAGGAAGCCGAGGAGAAACAAAUAAAUGACAAGAAAAUUAGAAAGGAAAAGGAAAAUCAGAAAUCAAAGAAUGAGGAAAAUGAAAGGAAGGAAAAAGAGGGAGAGAGAGAGACAGAAAAUUAG